AUGUUCAUGUCUAUGCUAUCGCACCUCCUGAGGUACGUAGGCCUCGCUCAUCGCCCCGUCUCUGAGCCGGAUCUCGAGCGUUGGUGCAAGUACUGGGCCGUCGUCGGCGCGUUUGUCGCCUUCGAGUAUGUCGCCGGCUGGAUCCUGGACUGGGUUCCCUUCUACUGGGAGGCUAGAACCGUCUUCCUUCUCUUCCUCUCCCUCCCACAGACCCAGGGCUCUACCUGGGUCUUCACCACCUACUUCCAACCCUUCCUCGAGAAGAACCAGGCCGACAUCGAUGCCAACAUCGCCGCUGUCCAGUCCAACACCCUCGCCUUCCUCCAGUCUCGUCUCCAAGUCUUCUGGCAGACUUUCUGGGACCUUGCCACCAAGGCCAACGGUCAGGCGCGCGUCCCUGGCGCUCCCGGUGCUACCACCCCAGGUGCUGCCCCUGCCGGCGCUGGUGCUGCGCCCAACCCGGGCCAAUACAUCGAGGUCGCGAAGUCCCUCUGGACCUCGUACGGCUCCUCUCUCAUCGGCGCUGCUCAGCAGGCGGUCAAGCCCGCCUCUAACGCGCACGCAUCGGCUGCUGGAGCCCGCCCCGGUCCUUCCCCCUACGACGUCGGAUCGUCCAGCUCCGUUCAGACCCACCAAAACUCGUUCUCAUCCGAGAUGGUCAACAACUUUAACCCGGCGUCGUCGGCCUCAAGCACCCCGCCCCCUUUCCCUCAACCCCAGGUUCCGACUGCGUAA